AUGUCCUAUUUGUACGAUGACUAUUAUAUUCCUUACCCUACCUCAUCAUUACUAAUCAAUAUUGACUCUUUGUAUUUAGGUUUUUGUAAUAUAAAAGAAGCAUCAAUGACUCAAUGUGGACACAACUUUUGUAGUAAAUGUAUAUUUGAAUGUGUAAAUCGUAACAAAAAGUGUCCUUGUUGUAAUGCUCCAACUACAAAAGAAUCAAUCGUUAGAAAUCAUCAAUUGGAUAAGAUCAUUUCAAUCAUUGACAAGGAAAAGGAAGAUGCUUCCAAAAACUAUUUUAACAAUUUGAUUGCAAACAGUCAGAACCAACAACAUAAUAACAAUCGUCCCAACAACCAUGAACAAAAAUUGUCACCUAUUCAAGAUCUAUUUAGUAAAUAUAUUAAAACUUCUUUAAUGGCAUAUGAUGAAUUUUAUAAUCAAUUGGAAUUAAAAUGCAAGGAGGGUAGGGAUAGAUUGGAGCAAGAGAAAAAUGCUAUAUUAUUAAAACACAAAGGCGAUGAUUUGAUAUUACAACAAACAAAAGAGGAAUAUCGUUAUUCCUUGGAGAAAUUGGAAAAGAGUAAUCAACAAACUAUAGAUCUUUUAUUAAAAUCAUUUGAAGAGUAUGAAACUAAAGUUUGUCAUUUAAAAUCGGUGGCAGUUACACCAAACUUUGUAAAUAUUCAAACUUCAAUAAUCAUUCCAGACAAAGAUAUUACUAUAGAACAUAUUUCACUCAAGCCUUCUGCAACAAUUUAUGAUGUCAAACAGAUUCUAGUGGAAAAGUUGAAUCAAAGAGGAGGAGACUAUACAUUUAUCAAAUUUAAUGAUAAUUGUAAAUUUGUUGCCCAAACUCCCAUGGCAAUGGGUGCAAAUUAUAUAUCAUUGGACGAUGAAAGCAAACCACUGUCAAUGUGCAACCUACCACAGGGAUCAAAAAUUAUAGUUCAACCCGGAGGUAUUUCAGUUCAAGGAGAUAUUCCAAAGGAAUGUUUUUCAACCUCUUACAAACCAGGUGAUACAAUGGAUUAUUAUAGAUGUAAUGAUUGUGCUUAUAAUUGGAUUUGUAAACCAUGUGCAGAUUAUUGUCAUAAAGGACAUAACAAAAUAAUCUAUUUACCAAAUCAUAAAGCAUCUUUUGCUUGUUGUUAUGAUCAAAGACAUAACAAAUGUAAAAUAGCCAAAAAUUAA